AUGAAACGGGGCUUCUAUGUUAUUAUUCCAAUAGUUCUGAUGGUCAUAGUGCCAUCAAUGGCCCAACUGAAGAGGACUCCCAUUGCUCGACAGAACAACCAGAACAGGACCCAAGCGAGUGUGAAGGCGGAGAAGAUCGUGCUCGCGGCCAAGUAUUUGCCGACCAAUAGACAAUCCUCGAAGACCACGCAGAUUUUGGCGAACGGCUUCAACCUGGAAUACACUAUCGAAGUUUGCAUCGGAACUCCACGGCAGUGUUUCAACCUCCUAUUCGACACCGGAUCCGCCGACCUGUGGGUGCCCAGUGUCAAGUGCCUGGCGACCAACGAAGCCUGCCAGGAGCACAGCAAAUACAACUCGAGUGCGUCCAGCUCCUACGUGGCGGACGGAAGGGGUUUCUCCCUUCAGUACGGCUCAGGCAGUCUGUCCGGAUUCCUCUCCACGGACACGGUGGAUAUAGACGGCUUGGUGAUCCGGAAUCAGACGUUCGCCGAGGCCAUCGCCGAACCGGGAACGGCCUUCGUGGACACCAUUUUCGAUGGCAUUAUUGGAAUGGCAUUUGCACCGCUAUCCGGCGGCAUAACAACGCCGUUUGACAACAUUGUCCAGCAGGGAUUGGUCCAACGGCCGGUGUUCUCCGUCUACCUGAGGCGCGAAGGAACCUCGGAUUUUGGUGGAGAGGUCAUCUGGGGAGGAGUCGAUCGGAGUAUCUACAGGGGAUGCAUCAACUACGUUCCCGUCUCGAUGCCUGCCUACUGGCAGUUCACGGUCAACUCGGCGAAGAUCGAGGGCACCCUGCUCUGCAAUGGAUGCCAGGCCAUCGCCGAUACCGGAACCUCCCUGAUCGUGGUUCCCCUUCGGGCCUACAACACGAUCAAUAGGCUGUUGAACGCCACCGAUUCCGGGGAAGGAGAGGCCUUCGUGGACUGCAGCAAUCUCUGCAACUUGCCAAAUAUGCAGCUGAACAUCGGAGGCUCUGUCUACACACUGAGCCCCAAGGAUUACAUCUACAAGGUCGAGGAGAGCAACAAUCAAACUCUGUGCCUAUCCGGUUUUACAUACUUGAAGGGGUCUUUACUGUGGAUUCUGGGAGAUAUUUUCCUGGGAAAAGUCUACUCGGUGUACGAUGUGGGCAAUGAGAGAAUCGGAUUUGCCAAACUGAGAAAGAACUCGACCUCCCGAAGAGAGUAUCCCUCCAGCUACUAUAGAGAACCCCCAAGCUAUGGUAUUGAUUACUCCAGCUACGACGAUUACUCAAGAUUCUUUACAUGA